UGGCUACCGCUAACGGCUCAGAUGGAGCGCCCCUGAUAGCCUGAUAGGAAUCCCCCCACCCCGGGCUUGGCCCAGACCAACGCGAUCAAGUUGUGGGCAUGGAGUGUUGGGCCCGCGGACACCCGGGGGAGAGAGCGGCGCGGGGAGCCGGGCAGCCGUCGUGGCGCACGGCGCCGACGGCCACCUGUUGCCGCGGGCGGCCGUAGCUCCCUCGCGCGGGGGCCGGGCCGAGGGGCGGCGGCUGCAGCGCGCGGCGGAGCUGAAGUUCCCGCGGCCGGCCAGCUCCUCCGGCUUCCGCCAGGUCAGCUGACUGCCCAGCGCGGAACUGCACGCCCGCCGCGCUCUCCUGCAGCGCUCCCAGCCGCCGCCGCCGCCGCGCCCCCGCGCUCCGUGCCGCGCGCCCGCGUCCUGGCCGCCAUGGCCGGGCUCGUGGUCAGUGGAACUCAAGUGUCCUACAUAGGCCAGGACUGCAGAGAAAUUCCAGAGCACCUUGGCAGGGACUGUGGACAUUUCGCAAAGAGGCUUGAUCUGAGCUUUAACCUCCUGAGGUCACUGGAAGGACUGAGCGCAUUCAGGAGCCUGGAGGAACUCAUCUUGGACAACAAUCAGCUGGGGGACGACCUCGUGUUACCAGGGUUACCCAGCCUGCAUACCUUAACCCUCAACAAGAACCGAAUCACUGAUUUGGAAUAUCUCCUGGAUCACUUGGCAGAAGUGACACCAGCUCUGGAGUACCUCAGCCUGCUGGGCAAUGUGGCCUGUCCCAAUGAGCUGGUCAGCUUGGAAAAGGAUGAGGAGGACUACAAGAGAUAUAGAUGCUUUGUUCUGUACAAGCUACCCAACUUGAAAUUUCUGGAUGCCCGGAAAGUAACCAGACAAGAACGAGAGGAGGCAUUGGUCAGAGGAGCCUUCAUGAAGGUGGUGAAGCCCAAGGUUUCCAGUGAGGACACUGCCAGCUCCCCUGAGUGCCACUACACGCCCUUGCCUUCUGCUUCCAGGGAACUCACCAGUCACCGAGGUGUCCUGGGGAAGUGUCGCUACGUUUACUAUGGGAAAAACUCAGAAGGCAACAGGUUUAUCCGAGAUGACCAGCUCUGAAGCCAAGUUCUGUAUAGCUUCACCCAUUUCAUGAAAAUAAAAUCAAAAGGGAAAUCAAAAAUAAACGCUAAAGAAAACACAAUAG